AUGCCUACUUCGUUGGAGUCUGCUCGGCCCAUCAUGGCACCAUCCGCCCGCACCUCAGUCCGCUACAGCACCUACAGCGUCGCACCCUCGUGCGCCCCGACAUUCCAGACUACGGACUCCGCCACGGCCGAGAUCCACACCAUUGAGCAGAAUCUCGUCCGCAUGGAGAACAAGGCUCUGCAACAGCAGCGCGUUUCCCUGAAUGAGGAGAAGACAGCCGUGUUCCAGAAGCUGGCCCUAGGCGCCAAGCUAGAUCGCGCCCUCGAGCGUCGCAUGACCAGCCAGGAUGCUGUUAUGCGCCCUCCACGGGCCAAGAAGACCGACUCGACCAUCCUCGACGAGAAGAGCGAGAAGCUCUAG